AUGAAAACGAUAAAUUUACCAAAAAUAUUAACAAUCAAAUGGUUAAAAGAUGCCUAUGAAAGAAAUCGAUUAAAACCAAAUGAGGUCAUUAAUGAAAUUAUUCAACGUGUAGACAAUGAUCGAGAAAUGAAUAUUUGGAUUGUACCACCAGCUAUAAAACACAUUGAAUUCUAUUUGGAUCGUCUUGAAAAUAUGAAUCCAAACGAUACACCAUUACGGGGUAUACCCUUUGCUAUAAAAGAUAAUAUUGAUUUGAUAAAUAUUCCAACCACAGCUGGCUGCUCUAAAUAUAUAUAUACACCAAAUGAAAAUGCCACUGUUGUUCAACGUUUAAUUCAAGCUGGUGCUAUUCCAUUAGGUAAAACAAAUUUAGAUCAAUUUGCAACCGGACUUGUUGGUACUCGAAGCCCUUAUGGUGAAACACAUAAUGCUUUGAAACCAGAAUUAAUUAGUGGUGGAUCGAGUUCUGGUUCGGCUGUGUCUGUUGCACGUGGUCAUGCUGUAUUUUCAUUAGGCACAGAUACGGCUGGCUCCGGACGUGUACCGGCCGGAUUGAAUCGCUUAAUUGGUUUAAAACCAUCAUUCGGCGCUUGGCCAACCAAAGGUGUGGUACCAGCUUGUCAAAGUUUAGAUUGUGUAACACUGUUUACACAUGAACUUGAUGAUGCUAUAUUGAUUGAUACAAUUGUACGUGGAAUAGAUAAAACAGACCCAUGGUCACGUGAUAUUCCACGUCAAUUAUCAUCAAUAUCAAUAUUACCGGAUAAAAUUUGUUUGAUAAGUGAUCCAUCAAUUGAAUUUUUCGGUCCCUAUACUACUGAGUAUCAACUAGGUUGGCAGAAAACAAUUAAACGUAUUCAGCACUUAAAUAUACCUAUUGAAUAUAUCGACGGACACGAUUUAGCUGAAGCAGCAUCGAUGUUAUAUGGUGGUCCUUGGAUAGCCGAACAAAAUGUUUUACGCUCAGGUACAAAUCGGAAUUAUACUGCUUCGUUCCUAUUUAAAACUAUACAUCAAUUACAAAAAUUAAAAUGUCGAACACAUCAACAAUUAGAAAAUGCUGUUCUCAUUAUGCCAACAUCGGGUGGUACAUGGACACGUGAACAAGUACGACAAAAUCCUAUUCAAACAAAUAAUGAUAUGGGACGUUAUACAAAUCAUUGUAAUUUAUUAGAUUUAUGUGCCAUUGCUAUAUCAUCCGAUGAUGCUACCGAUGAUGUACCAUUUGGUAUAACAUUAUUUUCGAAAUAUAAUAAUGAACAUCUUAUAUCGAAUUUAGUUGAUUUGUUUUUAAAAUAUCAAGCAAUGACGACAAAAACACAACAAGAAAUUACAACAUUUGUUGUUGUAUGUGGUUUACAUAUGCGUGGUUUAUCACUUGAAAAGCAAAUGCUUGAAUAUAGAAGUAAAUUUAUUCGUGAAGAUGAAACAGCACCUUUUUAUAAAUUAUAUCAAUUAUCAACAAUACCAUCAAAGCCAGCCUUAGUUCGAACUACAAAAAAUAUUGAUGAAGGCACAUCAAUAAAAGUUGAAGUAUGGGAAAUGCCGUUAUCAUCAUUUGGUGCAUUUACAGCACAAAUUCCAUCACCAUUAAGUAUUGGUAAAGUCAUUUUAAAAGAUGGAAGUCAAAUACCAGGAUGUGUCUGUGAAUCCUAUGCAAUACAUAAUGCUGUCGAUAUUACACCAUUACGUAGCUGGCAUACAUUUAUUAAGGAUAAUAUGGCAUAA